AUGUUGGAUAAAAAAAGCAUUACCCAUACAGGAAGGUUAUGUUUCGCACACAUACCGGCCCGUUAUGUAUCAAUAUUAAUGAUAUCGUUGGGCAUAUUUCUUGAUUACAGUUACAAAAGUUUUCUGGGCGUUACAAUCGUAGCGAUGGUCAGACACGACAGUAAAUCAAAAACAAUGAAUACCGAGUGUCCAGUAGAUGACAUACAAAAUGGUGCCAACAGUAGUAGUAGUUUCGGUGAAUUUGAAUGGACAGACAGUCAACAGACAGUGAUUUUAGGUGCCUUUUAUUACGGUUAUAUUUUUACAAAUUUUCCGGCGGGUAUUAUAUAUGAAAAACUAAGCGGCAAAUGGUUGGUUGGCUGCAGUGUCUUAACUACUGGUAUAUUGUCAGCUAUAGGACCAAUUGUUAUGCGUUUGGGGGGCAAUUCAAUUGUGCCGAUCGUAUUGAUUAGGAUUGGACAAGGUUUUAGUGAGGGUAUAAUGUUUCCGAUUAUUAACGCAAUGAUAGCUAAAUGGAUGCCAAAAAUAGAGAGAAGUCGUGCCGUUUCCCUAACAUUUGUGGGAUCAUCUCUGGGAGUAGUAGUCAGUCUAUCACUGAGCGGUUAUCUAUGCAGUACAACAAUUAUGGGCGGUUGGCCAGCAAUUUAUUAUUUUCUAGGAAUCGGAUCAUUUAUUUGGUUUAUAUUUUGGUCACUAUUUGUGUUUGACUCGCCCGACACUCAUCCGUAUAUAUCGCAAAAUGAGUACAAUUAUAUUAAAUCGGGACAGGGAUAUGAAACUAACGGUUCGAAAAAACAUAUCCCAUGGAAAUCAAUGCUAACAUCAUAUCGUGUUUAUUCAGCUGUCAUAACACACUUUGGUGCCAAUUGGGGUUAUUUUACACUAUUAACACUAUUGCCCACAUAUUAUGAUAAAAUAUUACAUAUGAAUAUUAAAUCAGAUGGAUUUAUAUCAAGUUUACCAUAUAUUGCUAAUGCAAUUGUAUCGUUUUCGGUAUCAUAUAUAACCGAUAAAUUAAGACAAAAAGGUUUUAAUAUAACAGUGUUAAGAAAAAUCAAUAAUUCAAUAGCAUUUUUCGGUACUGGUUUUUAUGUUAUAUUUUUUAUAAUCGGUUUGGGUUUGAAUGGCUGUAUAUAUUCGGGAGUUUUUGCCACUUAUGUAGAUAUGUCACCAAAUUAUGCCGGUUUUCUCAUGGGUUUCAGUAACACAUUUGCAACCAUUCCCUGUAUUAUUAGUCCACUAAUUGCUUCACAAAUCUAUAAAAAUGGGCAAUCACUUAAAACUUGGUCCUAUGUUUUCUAUAUUUGUUUCGGUAUCUACUUUUGUACACAAAUUAUUUAUAUAUUAUUUGCAUCAUCAGAGUUGCAGUCAUGGGGUAUGACUACCAAAACAAAAACUAAAAAACCUAAUAAUGUCGACCACAUCACUAAUACUAAGUUAUGA